AUGGGAUACAUUUUCUUUCAGGGUUCCUGGGCUUGGCAUGUGAAGAUGCCAAGCAAUAUCAAAGGAUUGGUGGGUUCCUGCCUUGUCAUCCCUUGCACCUUCGACUAUUAUCGGGAUCCACCUCGCAGACCAAAUCGUAUGGUUUGGUAUCGGUAUGUAAAGCAUGGAUAUCCUAUAGUUUAUGACGAUUGGUACCCAAACGAUGUCAUUGGCAUAUAUAAAAGAAAAACGUGUGUAUUUACUUCUAUUGGAAACACGACUCAUUUCUCGAACUGCUUAUACAAAUCUUUGCUUCAAAUGUUUCCUCUUUUUACAGGAAACAUGCUCUCUCGCGGCUGGUCCUUCACCACCCCCGGCAUCAUAACUGCGAUGAGAGGCUCAUGUAUCAUCAUUCCUUGCACAUUCACCUACAGUAUCUCCCAGCCUGCUGACCUCCGAGUUGUAUGGUACCUUUACCAGAGCAAUGGGUACCCCCCUGUAUUUGACGAUAGAGAGAAUAUUAUUAGUAAGUUUAACAGUAUAACCAGAGUGAUUGGAUCUGUGGGGGAGAGGAAUUGUAGUCUCAAGAUCGAGAAGCUGGAUAUGUCACACAACCAGGAUAGACUUUACCCAUGGAUAGACAAGAACCCUAUUACCUCAUACCACACCCUGGGUCAAACGUUUUAUGAAAAAACCUCUUUCCGUAUUUUUAUAGACCAUGCACAGGAACCGCAGCUGAGCAUCAUUGGUAUCCCCAGGGUGGGAGAGGAGAGCACAGUGUCCUGCAAUGUGCAGCAUGCCUGUAUCUCUGCUCCCCCCAUCCUGACCUUAAAUGGUAUACCUGGAAAAGACAUCAUUAAGGACAAUCUGGUAUCUGAUGGGAUUUGGGAAAGGACAGCUGAGCGAACUUGGGCUGUAAAAGAGGAAGGCCAGAGUGUGACAUGUACUGUGAGCCACCGUGGUGGCCAGAAAGCCACAAGUGAGCUCAAGCUGAAUGUUGAAUGUCCAUAUGAGGAAAUCAAAAUGACUGAGUGGCCAAGCGAGGCAACGGAGAGUGUGACAAAGAAUGUAAUUUGCGUUGUUUCCUACAAGUGUAAGAAAAAUAAACCAAGUAUCGUGUGGAACUACGAAGACAUGCAGAGUUUGUUCAAAACCAAAGAGAUCUCAAGCAAUACCUAUGAGGCAGUUUCAAAUCUAACCUUUACUGCUCGGUUUAUUCCUGGUGAGACUUCAGACUCUGAAACCCUUCAGAUAAAAAGAUCCUAG